UUCUAUCACUACUUACCUCCGAGCGACCUCCGUCAACAUCGACCUGACAAGUACGGGCCCGUUGAAGAGAAAUCCCUCUCCGUACGGUGCUCCGACUACGCCUGACUACGGACGAGACCGGAGGAAGAUUGCUCAGUUCGCCCAGCGCUUCGUCCCAGGACCCUAUUUCGGCAGGAGCCAGUGGAUGUGGCUGCUACAAGCUCGUGCUAUAAAGUCUGCUCCGUCGCCGGCAUUUCGUUUCUCAACCUUCCCUCAUCCUCUUCAUCGUUUACUACGAAGAGCAAUCCGUCCAUCUCGCUGCUCCUCGUCUGCCGCAUCCAAGACCUCCCCGUCUCUUCAACCCAACCCAACCGCUACCAUGGUUUACACUCAAGGAGGAACCCCUUACGUGACCCCUCAUAUCCUCCACAAGCACUAUGCUCAGGCUUACGAUGCGGAGCCAAGCAAUUUGAUUGGCCGCGACUUGGAGUAUUUUUCUCAAGCCGGUUUUGAUAUGGAGCGUAUCCAGAUCAAGCGUAACGCUCCAGUAGCACAGCUUUAUGAAGAUGCCAUCCGGAAUGAGGGUGCUGUCAUCUCAGCAUCUGGUGCCCUGAUCAACUUCUCCGGUAAGAAGACUGGACGUUCGCCCAAAGACAAGCGAAUCGUCUACGAAGAGACCUCCAAGGAUGAGAUCUGGUGGGGAUCUGUAAACAUCAAGAUGGACGAGCACACUUUCGAGAUUAAUCGGGAACGUGCUAUUGAUUUCCUCAACACAAGGGACAACGUCUAUGUCUUUGACGGUUAUGCAGGGUGGGAUCCCAAAUACCGUAUCAAAGUUCGCGUUAUCUGUGCGCGAGCGUAUCAUGCACUUUUCAUGCACAACAUGCUUAUCCGACCGAGUGACGAGGAGCUUGCAAACUUCGGCGAGCCCGACUUCAUCAUCUACAAUGCCGGUCAGUUCCCAGCAAACCGCUUCACCAAGGGCAUGUCUUCGGCAACUUCCGUCGAGAUCAACUUCAAACGAAUGGAGAUGGUUAUCCUCGGAACGGAGUACGCCGGAGAAAUGAAGAAGGGUGUUUUCUCGGUGAUGCAUUACUUGCAACCAGUUAAGUUCGGUCAGCUGUCACUACACUCUUCUGCCAACGUCGGCAUGGAGAAAGGCGAUGUAACCCUCUUCUUCGGUCUUUCCGGUACCGGCAAGACCACACUCUCUGCUGACCCGCGACGACAACUUAUCGGUGAUGACGAGCACGUCUGGUCUGAUACGGGUGUUUUCAACAUUGAAGGUGGAUGCUACGCCAAGUGCAUCAACCUCUCUGCUGAGAAGGAGCCCGAGAUCUACAACGCCGUCCGCUUCGGCAGCAUCCUUGAGAACGUCGUCUACAACCCUAUUACCCGAGUUCCCGACUACGACGACAUCGGCAUCACGGAGAACACUCGUUGCGCCUACCCUAUCGAGUACAUCCCUAAUGCCAAGAUUCCUUGUGUUGUCGACAGGCAACCGAGCAACAUCAUCAUGCUGACUUGCGAUGCCUUCGGCGUCCUCCCACCUGUUUCAAAGCUCACCCCUGAACAAGCCAGCUAUCACUUCCUUGCUGGUUACACCUCGAAAACCCCCGGCACCGAAGACGGUGUUCUCGAGCCUAUUCCCACCUUCUCAACGUGCUAUAGUGCUCCUUUCAUUGUUCUCCAUCCUGGUCGCUACGCCGAGAUGCUCGCAGAGCGCAUGGCCAAGCACAACGUCGACUGCUGGCUCAUCAACACUGGAUGGACAGCUGGCAAAUACGGCACGGGCAAGCGAUGCCCACUCAAGUAUACCCGUCGUAUCGUCGACGCCGUACACUCUGGCGAGCUCGCCAAGGCCGAGUUCGAGACCUUCGGCACUUUCGGUUUGCAGAUUCCUAUUGCCCUCGAGGGUGUUCCUCGCGAGUUGCUGAACCCCCGUUCGGCUUGGCCCGACAAGGAAGCAUUCGAGAGGGAGGUCAGGAAGCUCGCCGGUAUGUUCAAGAAGGCGUUCGCUUUGUAUGAGGAGGACGUCGAUGAGAAAGUAAGGUUAGCUGGCCCUCAGGUCUAAUAGUUGGGUCUGUUGAGGAUUCAGGCUCGGCGUUGGAGACUCUUCAGCUUGGGUUGCAUCUUCGAGUGAUGUGAACACCCCUACCGGGUAGAUAAUGUGUAUUUGUUUCGGACGUUUACAUGAAGAUUGUACUAUCCAAUUGCCGGACUACAGCAACUAUAAACAGGAGACUACAGGUGUGGGAAAGCGGGAAAGUCU